AUGUUUGGUACAAACCUCAACGAAGCCCCCAUCUUCCUCGCCGUCAUAGGCUCCAACGACGCCACCGCUGCCUUCAAUAGCAUCGUAGAACAAGUAAACACGUCAUCUACUGAUGCCCCCGACGCACACACCGCUGUAACAGACACCUACGCCGAACAAGGCAUCACUGUAUUCGACAAGUUACUAGAUCGAGUCCUGACCGAUGCGGUUUAUACGUGCACUACCGCCCGCCUGUCGAAUUUCCUCGACAGAAACUCGUACACCACGUAUCGCUAUAUGUACAGUGGUGUGUUUCCCUCUGCUAGCAUCUUCAAAGAUGCAGGUGCGUAUCAUACUAGUGAGGUUCCGCAGGUAUUCGGGACGUGGGAGCGCUCAAACCGAUCCGGAAAUGCGACGGAGCAGCAGAUCAAGUUGAGCAGCUUCAUGCAGAAGACGUGGGCGAAUUUCGCGAAAGAUUCAGAGAAGGGGGUGGGGUGGGCAAAGGCGGGGAGUACGUUGCUAGGCAGGGAAUUGGGGGUGUUGGGCGAAGGGGAUAGUGCGGGUGUGACGGUGAAGAGGAAGGCGAUGGUGGACUAUGCUUGCGCAUUGUAUGAUACGAUUACAUAUUUUUUCGGGUUUGACGUGGUAAGGGGGUGUGCUGGAGUUAUUGGGCUGGGAAUAGGGACUGAGAGACGUUAUUCGGCAUCACUGUGA